AUGGCUGUUGGAAAGAACAAGCGUUUGUCAAAGGGCAAGAAGGGUCUUAAGAAGAAGACCCAGGACCCCUUCGCCCGCAAGGACUGGUACGGCAUCAAGGCCCCCGCGCCGUUCAACAUCCGAGAUGUCGGCAAGACCCUCGUCAACCGGACCACCGGUCUCAAGAACGCCAACGACGCCCUGAAGGGUCGCAUCUUCGAGGUCUCCCUGGCCGACCUCCAGAAGGACGAGGAGCACGCUUUCCGCAAGGUCAAGCUCCGUGUCGACGAGGUCCAGGGCAAGAACUGCCUGACCAACUUCCACGGUCUGGACUUCACCUCCGACAAGCUGAGGUCUCUUGUCCGCAAGUGGCAAACCCUGAUCGAGGCCAACGUCACGGUCAAGACCACCGACGACUACCUCCUCCGUCUCUUCGCCAUCGGCUUCACCAAGCGCCGACCCAACCAGGUCAAGAAGACCACCUACGCCCAGUCCUCCCAGAUUCGCGCCAUCCGACGGAAGAUGACCGAGAUCAUCCAGCGCGAGGCUUCCAGCGGCACCCUUACCCAGCUCACCUCCAAGCUGAUCCCCGAGGUUAUCGGCCGCGAGAUCGAGAAGGCCACCCAGGGCAUCUACCCUCUCCAGAACGUCCACAUCCGCAAGGUUAAGCUGCUGAAGGCCCCCAAGUUCGACCUUGGUAGCCUGAUGGCUCUGCACGGCGAGUCGACCACGGACGAGCAAGGACAGAAGGUCGAGCGGGAGUUCAAGGAGCGUGUUCUGGAGGAGGUUUAA